GGGGUAUGUGGAUCUUAGUGGGGGUAUUGCGGGCGUUGAAGUGGUCUGUGCUCUAUCAGACCGGGGUACCCUUUCUGUUGAAAUGUACCAUAAUGUGAUAUCUUAUUCUGUUGUAAUAACUAAUGAUCUUGGAACAGCUUCUCAUGCGUCACUUUCAAUGCAAAUUGACCGAUUGAAACUGUCAUUUCUAAUAGGAUAUGACCGUUGAUGUAGUAUCGUCAUGGUUAUCGGCUAUCUCAUAGCUUGACAUCGAGAAAGCAAAGUGAGGGCAGUGAGGGGUAAUGGUCAUUCCAGUGAUGUAAUUCGGUACCACCUGCGAGGGCAUCGCCAACGAGCCCACUAUCGAAGACAUGGCAACGUCCGAGUUCGUCUAUUCUCAAGUUGUGCAUCCCGAUGAAAUUAGGACUUUCACUUUAAAUCCGGGUGUGGGGACUGACAGACUAGAAGGGUCUAUAAAUCAUAUUCAACUUCCCCCUUUUCUCUCGCCGACGGUGUCCUUUUCGGGGGAUACACGACAGCAGAAUACGAGAGCCAUUCGAAAUACGAGAAGACUACUUGAUAUUUUCGAAGCUCACUCUCAUCAAUCUGUGGAAUCAGCUGACUUUGGCGGGGAAAUUUGGCCUUGGAAGUUAUUUGCGUCAAGCAAGCGACCUAGGCGAAGAUCGAUUGGUGGGAGACAAUUCGUCGUGGAAGAGCCGGUUUUAGGUUUCGAUUGCAACCGCGUCGAAUACACACCAAGGUCAUACGAUGCGCUGUCGUAUACGUGGGGCGAUCUUCAGAAGACCAAUGAGAUAGCUGUUGAUGGACAGGCUCUUGGUAUAACGAGAAACCUUUAUAUGGCCUUGGUAAAGUUAAGGUCUCCAACCGAGUCACGAUGUCUGUGGAUCGAUGCGAUCUGCAUUGACCAGGGAAACGUCCAGGAGCGGAAUCACCAGGUACAAAUGAUGAAGCGGAUAUUCUCUACGGCAUCUUCUGUCAUUGUAUGGUUGGGUGAUUCUGAUGGUAAUGUUCGGGAUACCUUGGAAAUGAUCCUUAAAUGUAGUUGGAGUCGAGGAAAGAAGAAUCUCUUCAACUACCCCAAAGAAGCGCUUCAGGGACUCGAGGAAUUAUUCAAACGAACAUGGUGGAAGCGCAUUUGGAUAAUUCAAGAAGUGGUUGCCGCACGUGAGCUGGUUGUACUCUUAGGAGAUACCAUCUUCCCUUGGAUGAUGCUAGUGAAUCUCUGUCGGGCGAUCCAGGUGGCCGAGUUUCUCCUACACCCCAUGGCAUCUAUGAUCCGUUCCUGCGGGUAUCAGAAGUUUACGGUCUUAGACCAUUUCCGGCGAAAUAAGGCCAUGCCUCUUGUCCGAUUUGUCCACUGCACACAGGAUUACCAAGCAACCGACUCGCGCGAUAAGUUAUAUGCGCUUCUCGGUAUGGCUUCGGAUGUAACAUCCGACGACAUUAUACCCGACUAUACGAAACCGGUCCAAGAGGUAUUUCUUGACCUGGUUAGGUUUAUGGUGAGUAAUCGUUACGACCUCGAUAUAAUCUCUUCUGGUCGAUUCGUCGAUUCGAAUUCGACUACUCCAAGUUGGUUACCAGAUUGGCGAGGCUUGAAUACUCUACGACCGCUAAAUAGUGAAGAGGUUGGCGGUCAUUUCUACCGAGCAUCGGGAAACACCCACGCUGUAGUUGAUAUGGCAGAAUUUCCGUCAAGCUUGACAGCCGAAGGAUGGAUGGUAGAUACGAUCACCUGCUUCGAUGACGUAAUUGAACUUGCUCAUGUAAGCCCAUCCACAAUUCAGCGCUGGCAGAGUAUCGCAAAAGAGAACAUUGAUAUUACCAUGAUGAGUCUAUUCUGGAGAACGAUUGUGAUGGAUAAAGAUCACUUGGGAAACCAGGCUUCGGUGUCUUUUGGGAGGAUAUUUGAUGAUUUCAUCAAGAGACCCGACACGAUUCGUUCGAGACUCGUUCAACACUUCUCAGACGCCGUGACGAGAGCAGUGCUAGGGCGACGAUUUUUUAUCACAAAAGGAGGCCGAAUGGGACUUGGGCCACCAGAAAUCCAACCGAAGGACCAGAUUGCUAUUCUCAAAGGAUGUCAUGUUCCCCUUGUAUUACGCCAGGCCGGAGACUACAUGAUUGUCAUCGGGGAAGUGUAUGUCUCGGCACUAAUGAAUGGCGAACUCGUAUCAGAGUUAACAGAGGGGAGAUAUGGCUUGGAUGCGGUUAAGUUGAAAUGACAUACAGAAUCAUAUCAUUAUUAUACACAUGAGAUGAUUUCCUCAUGAUCAUAUAUCGCGUCGGUUUAUGUUCGAGCACAAGGAGCCACCAAGGCAUACUUCAUUUAUAGCACACUGUCU